AAUGAGAUGUUCGUGAUGGGCGGGAAGAUCCAGGGGAAGCUGCUGCUCCCACUGCCGGAGUAUCUGGACAGCCAGGAUGGCUCCAGCACCAUCCUGGACAGCCUGGCAGGGCCCGUGGACAUUUCGGUGCUGCACUCCAUCGAGACCAUCGUCAUCAAGUGGUCCCACGAGAUCAGAGAUAUCCUGAGCAAGGACUCGGCGCAGCCACUGUUGGAGGGGCUGCACCCCCUGCCCAGGGCCGAGUUCGAGUUCUGGCACACCAGGACGGUCAACCUGCAGUGCAUCAACGACCAGCUGCUCUCGCCCCGGGUGGCGGUGCUGGCCGAGACGCUGGAGAAGGCCAACAGCUGCUACUGGCCGGCGCUCCAGAGCAUGUUCAAGGACGUCAGCGCCGGCCUGGAGGAAGCCAAGGACGUCAGCCUCCACCUGCAACCGCUUCGGAUCCUGCUGGAGGAGAUGGAGCAAGCGGAUUACUCCCAGCUGCAGCCCUUCGUGGACAGGGCGCUCUGCACCGUCCGCCUGCUCCGGGCUCACUGCCAGCACUACAGCGCGCCCGCCCGCGUCGUCGUCGUCCUGCAGGAGAUCUGCAACCUCCUCAUUGAGAUGACCCGCAACUUCCUGGGCCCCGAGGACGUGAUGAAGGGGCUGCAAGGAGAGACCGAAGAGACCUUAGAGGGAAUAAAACUGAGCAUUUCCACCGUAGAGAAGCUCUUCCAGUCCUACAGCACUUACUGCUCCAACCUGAUGCCCGCGUUGCCCCCGGAGGAGCCACAGCUCUGGGAGUUCCCCCCUUCCCUGGUCUUCGGGAGGAUGGACUCCUUCUUGCGCAGGCUCAAGACCAUCGAGGAGCUGUACCAGACGGCUAUCGAGUUCCUGAAGCUGGAGAAGGCAGAGCUGGGAGGAGUGAGAGGAAACAUCCUCGGGAGCCCCGUGUUUCAGAUCUACGAGGAGGUCUCUGAACUCAGCAAGAGUUUCGCUGAUUGCAAAUACGAUCCCUUAGAUCCCGCAGAAGAGCAAUUGGACAAAGACUUUGCAGAGUUCCAGAAGAAGAUUCAGGACGUGGACAGGCGGCUGGCCACCAUCCUCUGCCAAGGCUUUGACGACUGCAACUGCCUGGCAUCCGCUGUGAAGCUGGUGCACAUGUUCGCCUCCCUGCUGGAGCGCCCGUUGAUAAAGGCUGAGGUCUCCCCCUACUACUCAGCCCUGCUGGGGAUGUUCGAGGCCGAGCUGGAGGACGUGAAGGUGCUGUAUGACGCCCAGACCACGUCCCUGCCGCCGGGGGGGCACCCAGCCAUCAACAAAAACAUGCCGCCGGUGGCCGGGCAGCUGAAGUGGGCUCUGGAGCUGCAGCAGCGGCUGGAGGGGCCACACAAGGACUUGUUCGCCAUCAGCCACCCUGUGAUGGUCAGUGCUGAAGCUAAACUGGUGUCGGGGAAGUACGAAGAAAUGAUGGGACUGCUGCAAGGUUACCGCCAGAAGGUCUACGAGGAGUGGGCACGCGGCCCCGGGCAGGACUGUCACUUCAGCCUGGAGCAGCCGUUGAUCCUGAGGGACCCCAGCUCUUCCGUCCUCAGCGUGAACUUCAGCAAAGAGCUGGUCGCCGUUCUGCGGGAGGUGAAGUACUUGAACUUCCAGCAGCAGAAGGAUAUCCCGGGCAGUGCCGAGAGCCUCUUUGCUCAAAAUAAGACUUUCCAAAAGUUUGUGGACAACCUUGAUCUCAUCGUUGGCUGGUACAAUGAGGUGAAGCGGAGGCUGCUGCCGGUGGAGGUCCCGCUGGUGGCGAGGGAGCUGGAGGCGGUGGACGGGCAGCUGGCCAGUGCCGAGCACACCCUCUUUUGGCACCACGAAGGCGUCAUGGAGUACAUCCAAGAGAUGAGAGACGUCUUGUACGACUUGCAGACCAGGGUCCAGAAAGCCAAGCUGAACAUGGAAAAUAUCAGCCAGCUGAUGGAGGAGUGCUCGGCCGCUCCCCUGUUUGAAAGGAAGGACAACAAGGAGGCAGCACUCCUGGACCUGGAGGGGAAAGCAAACACCUUAAGCAAGCGCUACGCUGCCAUUAGAGACACGGGCGUAAAGAUCCACAAGAUUGUGGAGGAGAAUGCAAAUCUGUUUAAGGCUGAUAAGUCGUCGCAGAUAUGGCUGGACUACGUGGGAUACAUAGAUGCGAUUGUGAUGGAUGGAUUCUUCAGCCUUGUCCACAAGUCUCUGCAGCUGCUCCUCAACAACAUGGCCCCCGACGCAGACGUGGCCCCCUUGUUCGAGGUGCGCAUGGAGCUGCGGGACGGCAGAGUGCAGUACCGGCCCUCGCUGGAGGCCACUGACAACGACAGCUUCAUGGGGCUGGUGGAGAACCUGCUCAGCGACACUUUCGCGGCCGCGGCGUGCAUACCCCGGCUGCUGGAGGGGAAGCUGAGCUACAAGACGACCCUGGAGGAGCAGGCAGACCUCAGCGGGAUGCGGGAGGAGGUGGUGUCACUGGUUGUCAGCGCCAUGGCGGAAGGCGAGGAGUACAGCGCCAGCUUCGCAGAACAAGCCCACCUGUGGCUGCAGGACCCCGAGGAGUUUCUGCAGCACUUCCUCACCUUGGGUGGCAUCACCAGCCCCGAGGAACUGGAGCUGCAGCCAGAGGAGCCCGUGGCCCGUGGGACCCCAUCCCUCCAGCUCUUUCAGCAGGAGGUACAGGGAGGGUGCUGGGGAUGCACCGGGUGCCCGGGGAGGUGCCGGCCGUGGGCUGUGACCGGCUCUCGUCCCCAGAUCGACAUGUGUGAGGAGCUGUGCGAGGAGGUGUCGGGGUUCGCGAACACCGAGGUGUUUGGGGGGUGGCUGCAGAGCGACUGCCGCCCCUUCAAGCAGGCGCUGCUGGCUGCCGUCAGACGUCGGGGCCUGGCGCUGCGGCAGCACCUCGCCAGCCACGUCACCAACAGCCUCCAGGAGCUGGAGGAUUUCAUCCGAGAGUCAAACGCUGGCUUGAAUAAACCUCUGGAGGAGGGAGACUAUGACGGGCUGGUGGAGGUGAUGGGGCACCUGAUGAGGGUCAAGGAGAGGCAGGUGGAGACCGACAGCAUGUUUGAGCCCCUGAAGGAGACGGUUGCCCUGCUCAGCACUUACGGAGAGGAGAUGCCGGAGGAGAUCCACCUGCAGCUCCAAGAGCUGCCCGAGCGCUGGGACGGCACCAAGAAGCUCUGCCUGCGCGUCAAGCAGAGCGCGGCUCCCCUGCAAGCCAAUGAGGUCAACAUCAUCCGCAAGAAGUGCCAGCAGUUCGAGGUCCGGCAGCACGCCUUCCGGGAGAGGUUCCGGGAAAAAGCUCCUUUUUCAUACACUGACCCAGAUCCCUACAAGUCCUUGAACAGGCAACAGAAGAGCAUUGCCUCCAUGGAGAGCGACAUGGCAGCCCUGUCCAAGUCGGCCGAGCUGUUUGAAAUGACAUUCCCAAAAUAUAAACAGCUCAAAGCGUGUCACAGGGAGGUGCGCUUGCUGAAGGAGCUCUGGGACAUGAUCUUCCUGGUUAACACGAACAUUGACGACUGGAAGACCACCAGGUGGAAGGACAUCAAUGUUGAGCAGAUGGAUAUUGAUUGUAAGAAGUUUGCUAAAGACAUUCGGAGCUUGGAUAAGGAGAUGAGAAGCUGGGAUGCGUUCACAGGGCUGGACAACAGCGUGAAGAACAUGAUAACGUCCCUGCGGGCCGUGAAUGAGCUGCAGAACCCGGCCAUCAGGGACCGGCACUGGCAGGAGCUCAUGCAGGCAACCAAGGUGAACUUCACCAUGUCCGAGGACACAACGCUUGCGGAUCUGCUGCAGCUGAACCUGCACAAGUUCGAGGAUGAGGUUCGUGGCAUCGUGGACAAAGCCUUGAAAGAGUCGGGGAUGGAGAAGGUGCUGAACACCCUGGAUGCUACUUGGGCAACGAUGCUGUUCGAGCACGAGCCCCACGCCAGGACCGGCAUCAUGCUACUCAAGUCGAAUGAAGUGCUCAUUGAGACGCUGGAGGACAACCAAGUGCAGCUGCAGAACCUGAUGACCUCCAAGUACCUGUCCUUCUUCCUUCAGGAGGUGUCGGGCUGGCAGCAGAAGCUGUCGACCACCGACUCCGUUAUCAGCAUCUGGUUUGAGGUGCAGAGGACAUGGAGUCACCUGGAAAGCAUCUUCAUCGGCUCCGAAGACAUCCGCAGUCAACUGCCGGAGGACUCCAAACAUUUUGAUGCUAUUGAUCAAGACUUCAAAGAAUUAAUGGCCGAUGCGGUAAAAACUCCCAAUGUUAUUGAAGCUACGAACAGGCCUGGGCUCUACAACAAGCUCGAAGCGUUGCAGAAAAGAUUGGCGCUCUGUGAGAAGGCGUUGGCUGAAUACCUCGAGACCAAAAGACUGGCUUUUCCCAGAUUCUACUUUGUUUCCUCUGCAGACCUGCUUGAUAUUUUAUCUAAUGGGAACGAGCCAGCUGAGGUGUCCCGUCACCUGCCAAAGCUGUUCGACAGUUUGGCCAAACUGAAGUUCAAGAUGAGUCCAGAUAAGAAGCCCCUGAAGAUUGGCCUGGGGAUGUUCAGCCGGGACGAGGAGUACGUGCCUCUCGACGCAGACUGUGACUUGUCUGGCCAGGUGGAGGUCUGGCUGAACCGCGUGCUGGCGAGCAUGCGCUCCACGCUGCGGCGCCUCAUCCCCGAGGCCGUGGUCACCUACGAGGAGAAGCCACGGGAGCAGUGGGUGUUCGACUACCCGGCACAGGUUGCUCUGACGUGCACCCAGAUCUGGUGGACUACAGAAGUCGGCAUUGCCUUCUCAAGGCUGGAGGAGGGCUAUGAGAACGCCAUGAGGGACUACAACAAGAAGCAGAUUACUCAGCUAAAUGCACUGAUUUCACUACUCAUUGGAAACCUAACUGCUGGAGACAGGAUGAAGAUCAUGACAAUCUGUACCAUUGAUGUCCACGCCAGGGACGUUGUGGCCAAAAUGAUCCUUGCGAAGGUGGAGAACGCCCAGGCCUUCACCUGGCAGUCCCAGCUCCGGCACCGCUGGGACGAGGGGAAGAAGCACUGCUACGCCAACAUCUGCGACGCUCAGCUCCAGUACUCUUACGAGUACCUGGGGAACACCCCCCGGCUGGUCAUCACCCCCCUGACGGAUCGGUGCUACAUCACCCUGACACAGUCCCUCCAUCUCUUCAUGGGGGGGGCCCCCGCCGGCCCCGCAGGCACCGGAAAAACAGAGACCACCAAGGACCUGGGCCGGGCGGUCGGCAUGAUGGUCUACGUCUUCAACUGCUCCGAGCAGAUGGACUACAAGUCCUGCGGCAAUAUCUACAAGGGGCUCGCUCAGACCGGCGCCUGGGGCUGCUUCGACGAAUUCAAUCGCAUUUCAGUGGAGGUUUUGUCCGUGAUCGCCGUGCAGGUGAAAUGUGUUCAAGAUGCAAUUCGCGCCAAGAAAAAAACAUUCAGUUUCCUUGGAGAGACGAUCGCUCUGGUCCCCUCGGUCGGGCUGUUCAUUACCAUGAACCCGGGCUACGCAGGACGGACAGAACUGCCGGAAAAUUUAAAAGCUCUGUUCAGGCCCUGCGCCAUGGUGGUCCCUGAUUUCGAACUGAUCUGUGAAAUCAUGCUUGUUGCAGAAGGUUUUAUGGAUGCUAAGCUUCUAGCAAGGAAGUUCAUUACUUUGUACACACUCUGCAAAGAGCUACUAUCUAAACAGGACCACUAUGACUGGGGGCUGCGGGCCAUCAAGUCCGUGCUGGUGGUAGCGGGUUCCUUGAAGAGAGGGGACCCCGGCCGCGCCGAGGACCAAGUUUUGAUGAGGGCUUUACGAGACUUCAACAUCCCCAAGAUCGUGACAGACGACUUGCCCGUCUUCAUGGGGCUGAUUGGAGACCUGUUCCCAGCCUUGGAUGUCCCCAGGAAGAGGGACCUUGACUUUGAGAAGAUCGUUAAGCAGUCCAUGCUGGAGCUGAAGCUACAGGCGGAGGAGAGCUUUGUGCUGAAGGUGGUGCAGCUGGAGGAGCUGCUGCAAGUGAGACACUCCGUCUUUGUCAUCGGCAACGCCGGCUGCGGCAAGUCCCAGGUGCUGAGGUCGCUCAACAGGACAUACAAGAACAUGAAGCAGAAGCCGGUCAGCGUGGACCUCGACCCAAAGGCUGUGACCUGCGAUGAGCUGUUCGGGGUUAUUCAUCCAUCCACGCGAGAGUGGAAGGACGGUCUGUUUUCUUCAGUGAUGCGUGACCUGGCCAACAUCACACAUAAGGGGCCCAAGUGGAUCAUCCUUGAUGGAGACAUUGACCCCAUGUGGAUUGAGUCCUUGAACACAGUCAUGGAUGACAAUAAGGUUCUCACCUUGGCCAGCAAUGAGCGCAUCCCCCUCAACCCCACCAUGCGGCUUCUCUUCGAGAUCAGCCACCUGCGGACUGCCACUCCAGCGACCGUGUCCCGGGCAGGAAUCCUCUACAUCAACGCCACGGACCUGGGCUGGAACCCAGUUGUGACCAGCUGGAUUGAGAAGAGGACGGUGCAGUCCGAGAAGGCCAAUUUGAUGAUCCUGUUUGACAAGUACCUGCCGGUGUGCCUCGAGAAGCUCAAGUCCGGAUUCAAGAAGAUCACCCCCAUCCCCGAGAUCACGGUGAUACAGAUGGUGCUGUUCCUGCUGGAGUGCCUCCUGACGCCGCAGACCACCCCCCCGGACUCACCCCGGGAGCUCUACGAGCUCUAUUUCGUCUUCGCCUGCGCCUGGGCCUUCGGCGGGGCCAUGUUCCAGGACCAGCUCGUGGAUUACCGCGUGGAGUUCAGCAAGUGGUGGGUGAACGAGUUUAAAACCGUCAAGUUUCCUUCUCAAGGGACAAUUUUUGACUAUUACAUUGAUCCGGAAACGAAGAAAUUCAUGCUCUGGACUGAAAAAGUGCCAAAAUUCGAACUCGAUCCCGAAGUCCCUUUGCAGGCCUCCAUGGUGCACACGGCAGAGACCAUUCGCCUUCGGUACUUCAUGGACCUGCUGAUGGAGAAGCAGAGGCCGGUGAUGCUGGUGGGGAACGCGGGGACGGGAAAAUCGGUCCUGAUGCGGGACAAGCUCGAAGCGCUCGGCACAGAUGAAUACCUCGUGCAGUCUGUGCCCUUUAACUUCUACACCACCUCGGACAUGCUGCAGGCCGUCCUCGAGAAGCCCCUGGAGAAGAAAUCGGGGAGGAACUACGGCCCGCCGGGGACCAGGAGGCUUAUCUACUUCAUCGAUGACAUGAACAUGCCAGAAGUGGACAAGUACGGCACGGUGGCACCGCACACGCUCAUCCGGCAGCACAUGGACCACGGGCACUGGUACGACAGGACCAAACUGACUCUGAAGGACAUUCACAACUGCCAGUACGUGGCCUGCAUGAACCCGACCGCAGGGUCCUUCACCAUUGACUCCAGGCUGCAGCGUCAUUUCUGCGUCUUCGCGGUGAGCUUUCCCGGCCAGGAGGCUCUGCUGACCAUCUACAGCACCAUCCUGGCGCAGCACCUGGCCCUGCGGAAGAUGCCGCCGGCUGUGCAGAAGCUGCAGCCCCAGCUGGUCGCGGCAGCGCUGGCUCUCCACCAGAAGGUCGCCUCCACCUUCUUGCCAACAGCCAUCAAAUUCCACUACGUCUUCAACCUCCGGGACCUCUCCAACAUAUUCCAGGGUCUGUUGUUCUCCACUCCGGAAUGCCUGAAAACCCCCGUGGACUUGGUGCGCCUCUGGCUCCACGAAGCUGAGAGGGUGUAUGGAGACAAGCUCAUCGAUGAAAAGGAUCAAAAAGGCUUCGGGAAGGUGCUGGCAGACACCUGCAAAAAUUUCUUUCCCGAACUCAGCAAAGACCUGGUGUUCGCCAAACCCAACAUCUACUGCCACUUCGCCCAGGGCGUGGGGGAACCCAAGUACCUGCCGGUUCCGAGCUGGCCGGAUCUCAACAAGCUGCUGGCGGAAGCCUUGGACAACUACAACGAGGUGAACGCGGCGAUGAGCCUGGUGCUCUUUGAAGACGCAGUGUCUCAUAUUUGCAGAAUUAGUCGGAUCUUAGAGUCUCCCUGGGGCAACGCGCUGCUGGUGGGGGUGGGCGGCAGCGGGAAGCAGAGCCUGGCACGGCUGGCAGCGUUCAUCAGCAGUCUGAACGUGUUUCAGAUUACACUGAGGAAAGGCUACGGCAUCCCGGACCUGAAGCUGGACCUGGCCUCCCAGUACAUCAAGGCAGCCGUGAAGAACAGCCCCACCGUGUUCCUGAUGACGGACUCCCAGGUUGCUGAGGAAUCGUUCCUGGUCCUGAUCAACGACUUCUUGGCAUCCGGGGAGGUGCCGGGGCUCUUUCAGGACGAUGACCUGGAAAACAUUAUCAGUGCCAUGAGGCCCCAAGUGAAGUUCCUUGGAUUGCAAGAUACAAGGGAAAACUGCUGGAAAUUAUUUAUAGAAAAAGUCAGGCGUCAGUUAAAGGUCAUCCUCUGCUUCUCCCCCGUGGGCUCCACGCUGCGCGUGCGGGCGAGGAGGUUCCCCGCCGUGGUCAACUGCACGGCCAUCGACUGGUUCCACGAGUGGCCGGAGGAUGCGCUCGUGUCCGUCAGCAGCAGGUUCCUGGAGGAAACGGGGGACAUCGAGCCCAAGGUCAAGGUCUCCAUCAGCCAGUUCAUGUCCCACGUCCACAUGAGCGUUAAGGAGAUGUCCAAGACCUACCUGGCCAUGGAGAGACGCUAUAAUUACACCACACCAAAGACCUUCCUGGAGCAGAUAAAGCUCUACCAAAACCUGCUGUCGAAAAAACGGAGCGAGCUCACCGCCAAGAUCGAGAGGCUGGAGAAGGGGCUGAUGAAGCUGCAGAGCACGACGUCGCAGGUGGAUGAUCUGAAAGCCAAGCUGGCAGUCCAGGAGGCAGAGCUGAAGCAGAAGAACGAGGACGCCGAUAAACUGAUCCACGUGGUGGGCGUUGAGACAGAGAAGGUCAGCAGGGAGAAAACCAUCGCUGACGAGGAGGAGCUGAAGGUCCAGGCCAUCAAUACGGUCGUGGCCGAGAAGCAGCGAGCCUGCGAGACCGACUUGGCCAAAGCGGAGCCAGCGCUUGUAGCCGCCCAGGAGGCCCUCAACACGCUCAACAAGAACAACCUGACAGAGCUGAAGUCCUUCGGGUCCCCACCCCAAGCGGUGGUGAACGUGACGGCAGCUGUGAUGGUUCUGACGGCCCCGAAGGGCAAGAUACCGAAGGAUAAGAGCUGGAAGGCAGCAAAAGUCAUGAUGGGAAAAGUAGAUACUUUCCUUGACUCCUUAAAGAAGUUUGACAAGGAGCACAUCCCCGAGGCCUGUCUCAAGGCGUUUGAGCCCUACCAGUCAGACCCCAGUUUUGAUCCCGAGUUCAUAAAGACGAAGUCAACAGCAGCCGGAGGUCUGUGCUCCUGGUGCCUGAACAUCGUUCGCUUCUACGAGGUGUUCUGCGAGGUGGAACCCAAGAGGCUGGCGCUGGAGGAGGCCAAUGCCGAGCUGGCGGAGGCACAAGAAAAACUCAGUCGCAUUAAGAGCAAAAUUGCCGAACUGAAUGCCAACCUGGCAGCUCUCACCGCAGAAUUUGAGAAAGCUACAGCUGAGAAGAUCAAAUGUCAGCAGGAGGCUGACGCCACCACCCGAGUCAUCACGCUGGCAAACAGGCUCAUCGGGGGCCUGGCAUCCGAAAACGUCCGCUGGGCUGAGUCAGUGGAGAUGCUCAGAGAGCAGGAGAAGACGCUGUGCGGAGACGUGCUGCUGGUCUCUGCCUUCGUGUCCUACGUUGGCUACUUCACCAAGAAGUACAGAGUCGAGCUGCUGGAGAAGCACUGGAUCCCCUUCUUUGAUGAGCUGGCGGUGCCCAUCCCCAUCACCCCGGGGCUGGACCCUCUCAGCCUCCUCACCGAUGCCGCCGACGUGGCCGCCUGGAGCAACCAGGGGCUGCCCAGCGACCGCAUGUCCACCGAGAAUGCCACCAUCCUCUGCAACACCCAGCGGUGGCCCCUGAUCGUGGACGCCCAGCUCCAGGGCAUCAAGUGGAUCAAGAACAAAUACGGGGAGGAGCUGCAGACCAUCCGCCUGGGCCAGAGGAGCUACCUGGACACCAUCGAGCGGGCGGUUUCCGAAGGACAGACGCUGCUGAUCGAGGACAUUGGGGAGACGCUGGAGCCGGUGCUGGAUCACCUGCUGGGCAGGAACACCACCAAGAAGGGGAGAUACAUUAAGAUAGGAGAUAAAGAAGUGGAAUAUCACCCGCGCUUCCGCCUGAUCCUGCACACCAAAUACUUCAACCCUCACUACAAGCCAGAGGUGCAGGCUCAGUGCACCCUCAUCAACUUCUUGGUGACCAGGGAGGGGCUGGAGGACCAGCUCCUGGCUGCUGUGGUGGCCAAAGAGCGGCCAGACCUGGAGACCCUGAAGGCAAACCUCACCAAGAGCCAGAACGAGUUCAAGAUCAAGCUGAAGGAGCUGGAGGACUCUCUGCUCGCCCGGCUGUCUGCUGCUGGCGGGGAUUUCCUGGGGGACACGGCGCUGGUGGAGAACCUGGAAACCACAAAGCGCACAGCCAUGGAAAUCGAGGAAAAAGUGAAAGAAGCCAAAAUCACCGAAGUUCAAAUCAAUGUCGCGAGAGAAAACUACAGGCCGGCGGCAGAGCGAGCGUCCCUGCUGUACUUCAUCCUGAGUGACCUCAACAAGAUCAACCCCAUCUACCAGUUCUCUCUCAAGGCAUUCAACGGGGUCUUUGAGAAAGCCAUUCAGCGCACGGCCCCCGACGACGACAUCAAGCAAAGGGUGAUCAACCUGACGGAUGAGAUCACCUACUCGGUCUAUACGUACACCGCGCGGGGACUCUUCGAGAGAGACAAACUCAUUUUCCUGGCCCAGGUUGCCUUCCAGGUCCUGGCAAUCAAGAAAGAAGUGAACCCAGCGGAGCUGGACUUUCUCCUGCGCUUCCCUUCCAAGGCCGGCGUUGCUUCCCCCGUGGACUUCCUGCAGCCCCAGGGAUGGGGCGGCAUCAAGGUGCUCUCGGAAAUGGAAGAGUUCAAGAACUUGGACAGUGACAUCGAGGGCUCAGCAAAGCGAUGGAAAAAGUUUGUGGAGUCCGAGGUGCCGGAGAAGGAGGUGUUCCCCAAGGAGUGGAAGAACAAGACGUCCCUGCAGAAGCUGUGCAUGCUGCGGUGCAUGCGCCCGGACAGGAUGACCUACGCCAUCAGGAACUUUGUGGAAGAGAAGAUGGGGAGCAAGUUUGUGGAAGGAAGGAGCAUCGAGCUCGCCAAGGUGUACAAGGAGAGCAGCCCCUCCACGCCCAUGUUCUUCAUUCUCUCUCCUGGCGUCGACCCGCUGAAAGACGUGGAGGUGCUGGGCAGAAAACUGAACUUCACCAUCGACAACGGGAGGAUCCACAACGUGUCGCUGGGACAGGGCCAGGAGGUCGUGGCAGAACGGGCCCUGGAGGUGGCGGCCACACAGGGCCACUGGGUCAUCCUGCAGAACAUCCACCUGGUGGCCCGGUGGCUGGGGACGCUGGAGAAGAUGGUGGAGCAGUACAGCCUGGGCAGCCACGCCGACUACCGGGUGUUCAUGAGCGCCGAGCCAGCCCCCAGCCCCGAGGCGCACAUCAUCCCCCAGGGACUGCUGGAGAACGCCAUCAAAAUCACCAACGAGCCGCCGACGGGCAUGUACGCCAACCUGCACAAAGCCCUGGACCUCUUCACCCAGGACACGUUAGAGAUGUGCAGCAAAGAAAUCGAGUUCAAAUGCGUCUUGUUUGCGCUCUGUUACUUCCACGCGGUAGUGGCCGAGCGGCGCAAAUUUGGCACUCAGGGCUGGAACAGACCUUACCCCUUCAACAACGGUGACCUGACCAUAUCCAUUAACGUCCUGUACAACUACCUGGAGGCUAACCCCAAGGUGCCGUGGGAUGAUCUCCGGUACCUCUUUGGUGAAAUCAUGUACGGGGGGCACAUCACAGACGACUGGGACCGCCGGCUCUGCCGGACUUACCUGAGCGAAUACGUGCGUGCGGAGAUGCUGGAAGGGGAGGUGUACUUAGCUCCGGGGUUUCUGAUCCCUCCCAGCUUGGAUUACAAGGGCUACCACGAGUACAUCGAUGACAACCUGCCACCGGAGAGCCCCUACUUGUACGGCCUUCACCCCAACGCAGAAAUUGGCUUCCUGACUGUCACUUCGGACAGGCUUUUUCGGACAGUUUUGGAAAUGCAGCCCAAAGAAUCAGACGCUGGAGGAGGCGCAGGUGUCUCCCGAGAGGAAAAGGUGAAGUCAGUCCUAGACGAGAUUAUUGAGAAGCUGCCGGAGCCAUUCAACAUGGCAGAGAUGAUGGCGAAAGCCGUGGACAAGACCCCGUAUGUCGUAGUUGCCUUCCAGGAAUGUGAAAGGAUGAACAUCUUGACCCAUGAAAUCAGGCGCUCUUUGAAAGAAUUAGACUUGGGACUAAAGGGAGAGCUAACGAUUACAUCCGAUAUGGAAGAGCUGGCAACCGCUCUCUUCUACGACAACGUCCCCGAACGCUGGACACGCUAUGCCUACCCCUCUCUCCUUAGCCUGGGAGCCUGGUACGCAGACCUGCUCCUUCGGAUCCGGGAACUGGAAGUCUGGACAACAGACUUUGUGCUGCCCGCAACAGUGUGGCUGGCCGGAUUCUUCAAUCCCCAGUCCUUCCUCACUGCCAUCAUGCAGUCCAUGGCCAGAAAAAACGAAUGGCCACUGGACAAGAUGUGUCUUUCAGUGGAAGUGACCAAGAAAAACCGCGACGAUAUAACAGCUCCACCCAGAGAAGGCUCCUAUGUGCAUGGGCUAUUUAUGGAAGGCGCUCGAUGGGACAUCCCUUCUGGUGUGAUCGCAGACGCUCGACUGAAGGAGUUGGCGCCCAUGAUGCCAGUCAUCUUCAUCAGAGCCAUCCCUGUGGACCGCAUGGAAACCAAGAACGUCUAUGAGUGUCCUGUCUAUAAGACGCGGAUGCGAGGUCCCACCUACGUCUGGACCUUUCACCUAAAGACAAAAGAAAAAGCCGCUAAGUGGAUCCUUGCCGGGGUUGCUCUGCUCUUGCAGGUCUAAACUUUAAUGAUUAUGGAAAACAGCAAACACUUUUACUUGCAGAAAAACUCAAAGUUGUGUAACUUAGACUAAGUUUGAUUGUACCGGAACCAUUUUAGCAAAGUAUCAAUAAAAACAUUGCUGAAACUGCUGUCAUGUGGAGGCUGCUCUUACAAUACGUGGAGUUUCUCAUGACGGAUACUGGUUUUCAAUUGGUGGUUUCUGAUAAAGUGCUGGUUGAGAGCCAGACCACCGAAGGAAGCCAAACGGAAAAAUUGCAUGCAACUAUCCGGAUUCCUUCCUUUCUCAUAGCUCUCUGUCUUUCCACAGCUAUUUGUUUGAUCGCUCAGUGCUAACUGUGAGCCGAAAGUCAUCAAGCCGUGUGUAUGACACAUUCCUGCAGGGAAGCGUGUAUCUGUUUAGACCAGAUGGAAGAAGAAAGGGGCAGGUUUGGCCCAGCUGACCAACACGUCAACCUGUACGUCCCAAAGAAAGUCCAGCUGCAAACAGAUCCAUCUCUGAAAUACAUUUCUUUCUAUUUCUAGGUUAUAGAAUCUAUGCUACCCUUCCUCUCACAGCAUAUAACUUGUAUCAGCAGUAAUGCCUGUCAGAGUGAUUAGAUCUGCUCCGGCCACCAGACGGAAGCCAAUGCCUGUCCCUUUAGCAUAAAAUAAUUCACUAAAAUCCCACCUCAUUAAAUAUCUGAACAAUCAGUUCUAAAAUACAGUUGCAUACAACCACCCUCACAACUAGUGGUAAGAAAAGCCACAAGAGGGGGCAAGUAGAGCUGUUUGCUUCUUUAUAUAGUAGCACUCAGAGUAAAUUACCAUUAAGCUCUACACUUACCUUCAGCUCCUUUGAAAUCCGUUUUGUUGGCCAUACAAACCAGAACACACUGCACAUACUCCACCAGUGGAACUCACAGGGCAACCCAAGC